AUGUCUGGCCCCUCGUUAGCACCAUACAUCUUGAAGCGGCCAUGGCUCAAACGGUGGAUGAUGCCCUUCGCCAAUUGGUACGCCAACACUGCCGGCUACAGAUCCCUAGGUCUGCGCCAUGACGACCUGAUCCCGGAAGAAAACGACAUCGUCCAGCUCGCGCUCAAGCGACUUCCCCCUAAAGAAGCCUAUGACCGAGUUUUCCGUCUCAGAAGAGCUUUCCAGUGCUCCCUGUCACAUCAUUUACUGCCUCCCGCGGAACACACGAAGCCCGAAGACGACAUUCCAUAUCUGAGUCCCAUUAUCGAGGAGAUUGAAAGAGAGGAGAAGGAGCGUGCCGACCUGGAGUCUAUGAUUGUUGAGCCCAGGAAGCAAUCGUGA